GAAUCAGUUGGCUUUCGAGUGGCUGUUGAUCAACAAGAUUUAACGGAAAAGUAAAACAUCGGAUUUCGCGUUAUUUUGUUUGUUUUAGUACUCUUCUCUCUCACCCAUUGCUGUUAUUUUGUUAUUAUUUCACCUUCAUUACAAACAACAACAAAAUCCCCCUCAAAACGAUAAUCAUUGUGUAAAAAAGUAAAAGUGAUUAAAUCGAUAAAAUCGGAACCGAAAACCUAAAAAAAGAGAAAUAAAAUAAGAUAAGAAAUUGAAGGAAGGAAAGCAGCAACACAAAAUCAAUCAUACAAGUGAAAACUAAAAAUAACUUAAAACUCAAAACUAGCGUGGAAAUUAUCUGUGUACGUGUGCACAGCAAAAGAAAAUUAAUAAACAUUUUUAAAUUAAGAUCUCUUUAAAGCCAGCAAAGCCAUACAAACAUAGUUACAAAUAUUGAUACACUUUUUUGGGGAGGUAAUUAAGCCUUCACCAUGGCUGAAGCCCAUCAGGCCGUAGCCUUUUCGUUUGCCAUCACCCAUGAGGGCUUCGACAUCAACUAUGAUCAAGAAGUCCUUAACCUAGUCUGGAACUCAGGUUUCCGUUCCUGGAAGAAGCGAGUGGCCAGAGCAAGGAAUGGUGUUCGCAAUGGUGUCUAUCCGGCACACAUACAAAGUUUAUGGCUUAUAACGGCCAUAGCAUUGGGUCUGCAUUUUGCAGGCCUUCGAACGCCAUUUAACAUAGUUAAUCGUAUUUUAGUAAAUUUACCUGCAAACACAAUCAACUGGCAAGUGACAGCUUGCUUUUUAGCCUCAUUAGUUAUAUGGUUAAGUAUAUGUUUCACAAUGCGUUAUACGCUCAAGCUACUGCUAAUGUACAAGGGUUGGAUGUACGAAUCUCGAGCGCCGGGUAGUAAGACCUCAUUACGCACAAAACUCUGGGCUGGUGCUGUUAAAGUCUUCUCUAGUUGGAAUAAGCCGGGUCUCUACAGCUUCCAGGGCUCCCUGCCCAGAUUAACGCUGCCCUCAGUGACCGCAACAACACAGCGCUACUUGAGAUCCGUACGCCCUCUGUUGGAUGAUGAGAAAUACAAGCGCAUGGAAGGAUUGGCCCAUGAAUUCGAAACAACCAUUGGCAAAAAAUUACAAUGGUAUUUGAUUUUGAAGAGUUGGUGGUCCACCAAUUACGUUUCCGAUUGGUGGGAGGAAUAUGUCUACCUACGUGGUCGCAGUCCUUUGAUGAUCAACAGUAAUUUCUAUGGCACUGAUGCCAUUUUCAUGGAUUUGACUCACAAUCAAGCUGCUCGUGCUGCCAACGUUGUUUAUUUGUUAUUGGGCUUCAGGCGUUUGAUUGAGAGGCAAGAAUUGCAACCGAUUAUGGUCCAAGGCAUUGUACCACUGUGCUCAUGGCAAUAUGAACGUACAUUUAACACCGUCAGGGUUCCCGGCAUGGAAACUGAUCGCAUUGUUCACUACAGAGAUUCCAAUCACAUUGUUGUUCUACACAAAGGUUGUUAUUACAAGGUCUUGAUCUACUACAAAGGACGUCAACUAAGGCCAUGUGAAAUUCAAGUGCAAAUGGAAGAGAUUCUCAAUUCAAAGGCUACACCUUUACCUGGCGAAGAACAUUUGGCAGCUUUAACCGCUUGGAACCGUUCGAAAUGGGCUGAAGUUCGUAACACAUACUUUACCCGUGGUGUUAAUCGUGUGUCCUUACAUACCGUCGAAUCGGCAGCAUUUGUGGUAUCCCUUGAUGACAUUCCGUUUGAAUUUGAUUUGAAUAGACCAGAACUAUUGGACAAUUUCGGCAAGACUUUGUUACACGGCAACGGUUAUAAUCGUUGGUUUGACAAAAGUUUCACCGUUUGUGUCGGUACUAAUGGCCGCGUCGGCUUCAAUGCUGAGCAUACCUGGGCCGAUGCCGCUGUUGGAGCUCAUAUGUGGGAAAAUCUGGUGAUUGACGACCUAGUCACCGAUGGAUAUGAUGAAAAUGGCAACACUAGGGGAACACCUGAAUUCCAACCCCCAUCUCCCACCCGUCUCAGUUGGAAAUUGGAGCCGUGUCUGACGCAAAUUGAGGAAGCCACUUUAGAUGCUAAUAAAUUAAUAAAUGACAUUGAUCUCAGAAUUCUGGUACACAAUCAAUAUGGCAAAGGAUUUAUGAAGAAAUGCCGCCUAUCUCCGGAUGCCUUCAUUCAAAUGGCCUUACAAUUGGCUUAUUAUCGUGAUGCUGGUCGUUUCUCGUUAACAUAUGAGGCAUCCAUGACACGUUUAUUCCGCGAGGGCCGUACCGAAACUGUGAGACCAUGCACCAUAGAAUCAGCAGCAUGGGUAAAGGCAAUGGAAGAUAAAACCAAAACGAAUGAUGAACGCGUUGCUUUAAUAAAGGCAGCUUGUGACCGGCAUCAACUUGGCUAUCAAGAUGCCAUGUGCGGCCAUGGCAUCGAUCGCCAUCUGUUCUGUUUGUACGUUGUGUCUAAAUACUUGGAAGUCGAUUCGCCUUUCCUCAACGAAGUGCUGAGCGAGCCAUGGCGUUUGUCCACUAGUCAGACACCUCAUGGCCAAACUCCCAAGAUGGAUCUGAAGAAACAUCCCCAAUGCAUUAGCUCUGGCGGAGGUUUCGGUCCAGUCGCUGACGAUGGCUACGGUGUUUCCUAUAUUAUUGCCGGAGAGGACUUGAUAUUCUUCCACAUUUCCGCCAAAAAUUCUUGUGAUACGACGAAUGUUCAUCGAUUUGCUGAUAACAUUUGUAAAGCUUUAGCCGAUAUUCGUUCCAUGUUCGAAGAGCACAUGAAAAAAAAUCCACCAAAAAGCAAGGCCGUCUCUUCCAAUGGCAAUCAAGCGUCAGCAAGUAAAUGAUUUUGCCACCAUCAGCUCUCCUACGUUUGACUCACAAUCAUUAAAGUUCAAAACUAUCAACUGUUUCUCAUGUCUUUAACAAACAAAAAAGAAGAUUAUAGAAGUAUCUAUCUCCUUUCCAUCUCUAUUCAUGUGCUGAAGUGAAAUUAUUGUUGGAGCAUUUUGUUUUUUUUUUUAUUAUUUUAGAUUUUUUUAUUAUUGUUAGCAAUAUUAGAUUUAGUUCUUAUAUGUUUUUUAUAUUAAGACAAAUAUUAUCACUAAGUUUUAAGUUUGAGCAUACAAAAAAGAAAUGAAAAAUCGAAAAAGUCCUCAUAACUAAUUUCUAUCAUCGAAAGUAUCGUAUUUCUCUAGUAAUUGGAUAUUGUUUCUAAUGUCAUUUGUUAUGGAAAAAAGGUAGUAAAUCAAUGCAAUUUGUCUUUUAAAUUUUAUAGUCGUAAAUCAUUUUUUGAAUUUGUUUUUGUUUUGUUUGCCCAUUUGACAAAUAUGUACAUCUCUCAGAUUGCAAUAAGUACACAUUAGCCUAAUUAGUUUGUUAAAUAAAACGUACGUAAACUUAAUAAAUACAUUUUUAAAUAAACAAUCGAA